CUGGAACUCAGUAAAGUCACAAGGGUAGUUGGGUUGGUUCUUCAUUAGUGGUGCCUAUUUCAGGAGAACAGAGCAUCAAUCAGCUAUUGUUAUUGCUAUUCAUAACCAACCUUGCAUCAACUCAAACAGAUCAGUGUGCAACAUCAUUAAUCAAGCAUGGAUGCUAUUGCUAGCAUGGCAUCAAGUGUGGUUUUACCUAUGUUACGACAAUUCACUUAUGUGUUGAUGUACAACAGUUACCUCGUAGACCUUGAAAAUCAAGUUCAGAAGCUGCAGCGUCAAGCGAAGGAAGUGAGGCACAAUGUUGAAGCUGCUAAGAGGAAUGGAGAAGAGAUUGAAGACACUGUGCAUGAUUGGUUUAAUAGAGUGCAUAAAUCUGUGGAAGAGGCCAAAACAUUCCUUAGUGCUGAAGAGAAAGAAAGAGUUGGGUGCAUGGAUGUUUACUCAAAGUACAUGAACAGCCAGAAAGCAUUGAACUUGGUGCAGAUUUUAAUUGAAAUAAGGAAAGAAACAUUUGAUAGGGUUUCUUACCGUUGUGCUUUGAAAUGCAACGUGAGUUCAGCUGCUAGAGAGUAUGUGGAAUUGGAAUCUAGAACAGUGACGAUGAAGGAAAUAAUGGAGGAGUUGAAGGAUGGUGGGGUUCAUAUUGUUGGGGUGUAUGGGAUGGCUGGUGUGGGAAAGAGUGCAUUGGUGAAGGAAUUAGCGUGGCAAGCUGAAAAGGAUGGUGUAUUUGAUGUGGUGGUGGUGGCUACUGUGAGUAAUUCUCCUGAUGUGAGGAGGAUUAGAGCUGAAAUUGCUGAUGGGUUGGGUUUGAAGUUUGAUGAGUUGACUGAGUUGGGAAGAGCGAGUCGGUUGCGCCAGAGGAUUAGACAGGAGGAGAAGAUUCUUGUGGUAUUGGAUGAUGUUUGGGGGAAGCUUGAUUUGGCUGAAGUUGGUGUUCCUUUUGGUGAGGAUCAUGAAGGGUGCAAAUUGUUGGUCACAUCUAGGAAUCUUACUGUGUUGGAUAAUGACUUGGAUGCACAGAAGGUUUAUAGGCUUGAAAUUUUGUCUGAGGAUGAGAGUUGGAGAUUGUUUGGAGAGAGGGGAGGGGAUGCAGUUAAAAAUGAUAGCAUUCAACCUGUGGCAAUGAAAGUGGCAAAGAGUUGUGGUGGUUUGCCACUUUUGAUUGUUACUGUUGUGGAGGCAUUGAAGAACAGGGAUUUAUAUGCUUGGAAGGAAGCACUAGAGGAGAUAAAAAGAUUUGAGCUUGAUGGGUGUUUUUAUUCUAUAGUGCGUUCUGCUAUUGAGGCAAGUUACAAUUCUUUAGACAGUCAUGAACUCAAAACAUUUUUCCUGCUUUUAGGUUCAAUGGGAAGUGGUUGUAGCACCCAGGAUUUGUUGGUAUAUGGUUGGAGUUUGGGUUUGCAUAAACAUGGUGAUACAUUUACAGAUGGGAGAAACAGGCUUUACAAAUUGAUAGACAACCUGAGAGCUUCCUGUUUGUUACUUGAAGGGCCAAGAGAUUCGGUUGAAGUGCUUGAUGUUGUUCGAAAUGUGGCUGCUUCCAUUGCAUCUGAGGUCAAACCUUUCUUUACUGUGCAUAGAAACACAACAUUGAAUGAAUGGCCUAGAAUGGAUUAUUUGAAUACUUGUCAUCAUAUUUUCUUGGACUGGUGUUUUAUCCACGAACUUCCUGAGGUGUUAGAAUGUCCCAAGUUGAAGAUACUCCAAAUCAGCAGUGAAGGUAACUGUUUAAAAGUUCCUGAUAAUUUCUUUGCUCACAUGAAAGAACUGAAGGUGUUGAGUUUAGGAGGUUUAAAUUGUACUCCAUCCCUUCCUUCAUCUCUUGGUCUCUUGACAAACCUUCACGCAUUAAAUCUGUGUAAAUGUAUGUUGGAAGACAUAGCUAUUGUUGGAGAAAUCACAAGGUUAGAAAUUCUCAAGCUUGAAAAAUCUGAGCUUAGAGAGCUCUCCUCAGAAAUAGGAGAUUUGGGUAAUCUACGGUUGCUAGAUUUGACUGAUUGCUCAACACUAGAAGUGAUUCCUUGCAACUUGAUUGCAAGAUUAACAAGCUUGGAAGAGCUAAUCAUGGGGAACUGCAAUAUACAAUGGGAAGCGCAAGGAAGAGAAAACCACAGCAAUAAUUCAAGUCUAGAUGAAUUAAGGCAUUUGCAUAAACUAACAUCUUUGAAUAUGCAGAUAGAAGAUACUGCAGUUUUUCCUAGAGACUUGUUCGCCUUUGGGGGACUAGAAAGCUACAAGAUUUUGAUUGGAAAUGAAUGGAAAUGGUCUGGGAGUAACAAAACUUCAAGAGUUCUUAAGCUCAAUUUGGGCAUGGACCCAAGCAUUCUAAUGGAUUAUGGGAUAAAGAUGUUGAUGGCAAAGGCUGAAGAUUUGUAUUUAGCUAAACUGAAGGGUGUCAGGGAAGUGCUUUAUGAAUUGAGUGAUGACGGGUUUUCACGAUUGAAGCAUCUUAAUAUCCAAAGUUGUGAUGAAAUGCAAAGCAUUAUUGGGUCAAUAAAGUGGGCUCAUCUUGAUCAUGCCUUCCCAAACCUUGAAUCUUUGAUACUUCACAAUAUGAUUAACAUGGAGGGAAUAUGCAGUGGCCCACUUCCAUCACAGGCCUUUACCAAACUACAAGUUAUCAAAGUAAAUGGUUGUGAUAGGAUGGAGUUUCUUUUCUUGCAUUCCAUGCUCAAACACCUUUCUGAACUUGUUGAAAUUGAGAUUUCUGAAUGCAAAUUUAUGACCAAUAUCAUAUCCCAACAAACACAAGAAGAUGAUGAGCAAAUAGACAGGAUCAUGCUACCCAACUUGCGUUCCCUCACACUACAGUACUUACCUUCCCUUGUUACCAGUGAACUUUUUGAUGAGAAGGUUGAAUUUCCAAAAUUGGAGAACUUGAAGCUCUACUCAAUCAAUAUCCAAAAGAUAUGGAAUGACCAAUUUUCUUUGUGUCAAAAUUUGACCACUUUGACGGUAGAUGGAUGUGAAAAGUUGACAUAUCUUUUCUCAUACUCUGUGGCUGCAAGACUCGUCAAGCUUCAACAGCUUUUAGUUAGCUCAUGCAAAUUCUUAGAGAAGCUAUUUGUUCCAGAUGCACACUUCAGUCUCCGACAUCUUGUUAGAAAAUCUGUUUCUACUGAACCGGUUCCACUUUUCCCCAACUUGGAGACAUUUGUGAUUUCUCACAUGGACAACUUGAAGUCAAUAUGGCCAAGUCAUCUCCCUGAAAAUUCGUUUGGAAAAUUGAAAAAGAUGGAAAUCGCAUCUUGUAACAGUAUCUUGAAUGUGUUCCCAUGUCAUGUGCUAGACAAAUUACAAAGCCUGGAAUCACUGAACUUAUGGGACUGUAUUGCACUUGAAGCUGUAUAUGAAAUAGAUGAUAUGAAUACAAGCGAUCAAAGUCAAGGAGGGAUAGACAUUCCACUGAGAACUUUGUCUUUGGAUAAUUUACCAAAGCUAAAGCAAUUGUGGAAUAAGGAUCCUCAAGGAAAUAUGAGGUUUCAAAAACUGUUUAUGGUAAAAGCUACUAAAUGUGAAAGUCUAAAGCAUAUCUUUCCAUUGUCUGUGGCCAAAGACCUUGUGCAACUCCAAUUCCUUGAGAUAGGUGAUUGUGGGGUAGAGGAAAUUAUUGUAAAUGGCCAAGAAGGGAUGGAGUUUGCUCUUGGGCUUGUUUUUCCAAAAUUAAUAUCCAUAAAAUUUUUUAAUUUGCCAAAACUUCGAUGCUUUUGUACUGGAAAUUACAACUUCAGAUUUCCAUUCCUGAAUAAAAUAUAUGUAGUUGAAUGUCCUGCAAUGGAGACUUUCUCUGAGGGAAUCUUAAGGGCAUCAAUCCUCAGAAAAAUAUAUUUGACUCAGGAAGGAGAUCAAUGGUCCUGGGAAGAUGACCUUAAUACUACUAUAAGAAAGCUAUUUAAUAGAGAUUCUUGGGGAAGAUUAAGCAUUUCAUAGAAAUUCAAAGGCAGAAGUAGCAAAUUCUUUGGUUGCUCCUGCUAUUUAAUGAUGUGAGAAGUCUUUGAUUCUUCUGGAAAUCUUUAGAUGACUUCAACGAAGAUAAACUGGUUAUUGACUCUCUUUGAUUUGUGAUGUGGAACAUUAAUCUGCUCUUUAUAUUCAUUGUUUGAGAUGGAAGUGAAAGUGAAUUCUGAUGUUGAUAAGUUUUCCAGCCUGCAUGAUGAACUAUAAAGAUUUUGUUUUGUAGGAGUAAUUUGGUUUUGUGCGUGUUCCAAAAUUAAAUAUUUAUGAAAUUGAAUGUCAUAUUGUUAUGAUCUUGAUCAGAAGUCCACAUUGUUGUAGCCUUUGUUUGAUGUACUCUUUCAAGGUUUUUUCCAAUAUGCACCCUU